UUAAGUAGAAAGCACAUUUCUUUCUCAUUAUUCGAAAAAAGCUUUCAUUUUUUUUCAGCGCCAUGACUAAUACAGACUUAUCCAUGAUCCUUCCUAGGGUUCUUAUAGUCUCUAGACGUACUGUCCGGAAAAACAAGUUUGUUGAUUUUGUCGGUGAGUAUCAUCUAGAUUUGAUAGUAAGUUAUGGAGCUGUGCCAGUGAUAGUACCUAGAGUAACUGGGGUACAUUUGUUACUCGAGAGUUUCGAACCUAUACAUGGAGUUGUACUUUGUGAAGGUGAAGACCUUGAUCCAUCCCUUUACGAAGACGAAAGGUCUGGUCUUUCACCUGAAGAAUUAGAUGAGAUAAGACGUUUACAUGCUAGUGAUACUGCCGUGGAUCGCGAAAAAGAUUCAAUAGAGUUAGGAUUAGCAAAACUUUGUCUUGAAAGAAACAUUCCUUACUUGGGUAUCUGCAGAGGUUCGCAAGUUCUUAAUGUGGCAUGCGGAGGAACAUUAUAUCAAGAUAUAGAGAAAGAAUUACAUAAACAUAAAUCAUCACAAGAAGGAGAAGCUGUUACAACUGAAAGAGUUGUCCACAUGGAUUAUGACAAUUAUGAUGGGCAUAGACACGUUGUGAAAGUUGUUGAGAAAACUCCUUUACAUGAAUGGUUUAUAGAUUCUUUAGAAGAAGAGAAAAUGGAGAUUAUGGUUAAUAGUUAUCAUCAUCAAGGUGUUAAAAGAUUAGCACAGCGGUUUGUUCCCAUGGCUUUUGCUGCCGAUGGUUUGGUUGAAGGGUUUUAUGAUCCUGAUGCCUACAACCCUGAAGAGGGUAAGUUUAUAACGGGGUUGCAGUUUCAUCCUGAGCGAAUGAGAAAGCCUAACUCUGAGGAGUUCGAUUAUCCUGGUUGUCCUGCUGCUUAUCAGGAAUUUGUUAAAGCUGUGGUUGCAUAUAGGAAUAAGCUGAAUGCUGCAAUAUGUGUGCCCAAGAGUGUACUUAAUAAAGAAAUGGAGAACAAACGGAAAAUCCUAAUCCGAAGUUUCUCGAUUGCUAGAAUCAUGUACGAAACAGGACAGGAGUCGCCACAGUCCGAAGCAUCUGCACUUGAAGCAGGAGCCGAAUUUCUUCGGUCGAGCUCCACAUUGAGUACACAAGAAGAGAAAAGGAUGAAGCAAAUGGGCGCAACAGUAAGAGAUGCUUCAUCAUUCUUGGAGAGGUUGAGGAUGAAUGAAGAGAGGGAAAAAGUAGCAAGAAAUACAAUGGAAAAAAUGUCAAUUGAACAAUUAUCUGAUCUUAUUUCCCUCCAUCAUAUGAUGGGUAAAAUCAGCUCCGAAGUGUUGCAGAAAAAACUUCAAGAAGUAGUCACUGAAGUUGCUCUGUGAUUUUCAUUUAUCAUAUGGAACCACGCAUGUGUAGGGGGAAAGAAAAGAUUUUUAUCACAUUGGUUUUAUGCAUGAUGCUUGCAAUUUGUCUGUGUUCUUUUGUUUUGUUCUAUUUUCUACUAUUAUCUAAUCUAAAAUGUACGAGAGGUUCUGGUUCGUAAAACUGAAAAAACAAAAUUGCGUCCGCCGGGAGUCGAACCCGGGUCUAUUGGUUGGAGGGCAAUUAUCAUAACC